AUGGCCACUCUCUAUGUGUCCCCUCAUCCAGAUGACUUCAGGAGUCUCCUGGCUCUCAUAGCUGCAGAGUUCUGCCCCUCUUCUCGCCCUCGGGUCAUCACAGAGGACCCGCCCGCCUCCCUAAAUGCUCGAUCUCGGCCAUCUCUGGUUUUGGGUGCUGGGGAUGGUGGCUGUGUCCUGAGUGGGGCCAGCGCGGUGGCGUGGUACUUGUCCUUCCAGGGGAAGAGGGCUGGCGUGGGCACGCAGCAGCAGAGCCAGGUGUGGCAGUGGCUCAGCUUUGCCGACAACGAGCUGACCCCUGUUUCCUGUGCCGUCGUCUUCCCUUUGUUGGGGAUCACGGGGAUAGAUAAAAAGCUCCAGCAGAGUUCUCGAGCAGAGCUGAUGCGUGUUCUGAAGGUUCUUGAUCAGGCCCUUUUACCAAGAACCUUCUUAGUGGGAGAGAGCAUCACUUUGGCUGAUAUGGCUGUAGCUACAGCCGUUCUUCUUCCCUUCAAAUAUGCAUUAGAGCCAUCGGACAAGAAGGAGGUGAUGAAUGUCACCAGGUGGUUCACAACCUGCAUUAACCAGCCGCAGUUCCUGAAGGUUUUGGGGGAGAUUGAUCCGUGCCAGAAGGUGGUGCCAGUAACACCAAAAACCAAUGCUGCUGCAGAUGGUAAAGCGGUUGAGGCCAGUGCAGCUGCAGAGUCUGCCGGGGCCACAGAGAAUGGUAAUAAAACCCCACGACCACCAAAGACAGAGGCACAGCUGAAAAAGGAAGCAAAGAAGAAGGAGAAGCUGGAGAAGUUCCAACAGAAAAAAGAAAUGGAGGCAAAGAAAAAGACACAACCGCCAGCAGAGAAAAAAGCCAAACCUGAGAAGAAGGAGCUGGGCGUGAUUACUUAUGAUGUUGCUACAGCUGCAGGAGAAAAGAAAGAUGUUGUCGCUCCGCUCCCCGACUCCUACAGUCCUCAGUAUGUGGAGGCUGCUUGGUAUCCGUGGUGGGAGAGGCAGGGAUUUUUCAAGCCUGAGUAUGGUAAAAAGAGUGUGAGUGAGCAGAACCAUCGUGGCACGUUCAUGAUGUGCAUCCCCCCUCCUAACGUGACUGGAUCCCUUCACCUGGGUCACGCCCUGACCAACGCCAUCCAGGACUGUCUGACCAGAUGGCACAGGAUGCGAGGCGAGACCACCCUGUGGAACCCGGGCUGCGACCACGCGGGCAUCGCCACCCAGGUUGUGGUGGAGAAGAAGCUAAUGAGAGAGAAGGGCUUGAGCCGCCAUGAUCUGGGCAGGGACAACUUCAUCCAGGAGGUCUGGAAAUGGAAGAACGAGAAGGGAGACCGAAUCUAUCACCAGCUAAAGAAACUGGGAUCCUCUCUGGACUGGGACAGAGCGUGCUUCACAAUGGAUCCAAAACUGUCCUAUGCUGUCCAAGAAGCCUUCAUCCGCAUGCACGAUGAGGGAGUGAUUUACAGGAGCAAACGACUGGUCAACUGGUCCUGCACACUCAACUCUGCCAUCUCUGACAUAGAGGCGAGUUUCUUUGUUUGCACGCUGGAACUGAAGGUGGAUAAAAAGGAGCUCACCGGCAGAACUCUGCUGCCUGUGCCUGGAUACAAGGACAAAGUGGAGUUUGGAGUCUUGGUGUCAUUUGCGUACAGGGUUGAUGGAUCUGAUGAGGAGGUGAUUGUGGCCACGACUCGUAUUGAGACUAUGCUGGGAGACACGGCUGUAGCCGUCCACCCCACGGACCCCAGAUACCAGCAUCUGAAGGGAAAGAUGGUGCUGCACCCCUUCUGUGACAGGAAGAUGCCCGUGGUCUUCGACGACUUUGUGGACAUGAGCUUCGGAACAGGUGCUGUCAAAAUCACCCCGGCCCAUGACCAUAAUGACUACGAGGUUGGCGAGAGACACAAUCUGGCCUUCAUCAACAUCCUGGAUGAAAACGGCCUCCUCAUUAACGUGCCUCCUCCGUUCCUGGGGAUGAGGCGUUUCGAGGCCAGGAAAGCUGUGCUGCAGGCACUCAAGGACAGAGACCAGUUCAAAGAGAUCAAAGACAACCCCAUGGUUGUCCCCGUGUGCAGCCGUUCCAAAGACAUAGUGGAGCCGCUGCUGAAGCCGCAGUGGUACGUGAGCUGCGGGGACAUGGGCAAACAGGCCGCCGACGCCGUCAGAGAGGGCCGCCUCAAAAUCAUCCCCGAUCACCACCUCAAGACCUGGUUCAACUGGAUGGACAACAUCAGAGAUUGGUGUAUCUCGCGCCAGCUGUGGUGGGGUCAUCGUAUUCCUGCUUUCUUCGUCACUGUUGACGAUCCCUCAGUGAAACCAGGAGAGGACAUGGAUGGCCACUACUGGGUGAGUGGGAGAUCAGAGGAGGAGGCCAGGGAAAAGGCAGCCAAGCGUUUCGGUGUGUCUGUGGACAAAAUCUCCCUCCGACAGGACGAGGAUGUUCUGGACACUUGGUUCUCGUCUGGCAUUUUCCCCUUCUCCAUCUUCGGAUGGCCUAACGAGACGGAGGACCUGAACGUGUUCUACCCCGGCACCUUGCUGGAGACGGGCCAUGACAUCCUGUUCUUUUGGGUUGCCCGCAUGGUGAUGAUGGGCCUCAAACUGACCGGCAAGCUGCCCUUCAAAGAGGUUUAUUUGCACGCUGUGGUGCGGGACGCUCACGGCAGGAAGAUGAGCAAGUCUCUGGGCAAUGUCAUCGACCCACUAGAUGUCAUUACAGGCAUCUCUCUAGAGGGUCUUCAUGCUCAGCUGGUAGAGAGCAACCUGGAUCCUUUGGAGGUAGAGAGGGCCAAACAAGGCCAGAAGUCGGACUACCCCAGUGGCAUCCCGGAGUGUGGGACAGAUGCUCUGCGCUUUGCGCUGUGCGCCUACACCAGCCAAGGAAGGGAUAUAAACCUGGAUGUCAACCGUAUCCUGGGUUACCGUCACUUCUGCAACAAACUGUGGAACGCGGUGAAAUUCGCCAUGAAGACGCUGGGUGACGACUUCAUACCGACAGAAAAAGCCCAGAUGUGUGGGGAGGAGAGCGUGUCCGACAGGUGGAUCCUGUCCAGGCUGAGCGCGGCUGUGAGCCUCUGUGACGCCGGCUUCAAGGCCUACGACUUCCCCGCCAUCACCACCGCCAUCUACAACUUCUGGCUCUACGAGCUCUGCGACAUCUACCUGGAAAGUGUGAAACCCGUGUUCAGCAAAGCGGAGGGAGACGCCGGCAGCCACAGACGAGCCGCCGUGUGCAGACAAACCCUUUACACCUGCCUGGAGGUCGGCCUGCGGCUUCUGUCUCCCAUGAUGCCCUUUGUCUCAGAGGAGCUCUAUCAGAGGUUGCCGCGGCGACGGCCUCAGACCGAUCCCCCCAGCAUCUGCGUCACGCGUUACCCCGACGCGCAGGAGUUCUGCUGGAACAGUGAGGAGAUAGACCGGGACAUGGAGUUCAUCAUGACGGUGGUCAAGACGAUCCGCUCUCUCAGGGCCGACUACAACCUGACCAAGACCAGAGCUGAUUGCUACCUUCAGUGCAUAGACGCUGCAACGGUGUCACUGGUGCAGAAAUACAAUCUGCAGAUUCAGACCUUGUCUUACUCUCAGGCCGUCAUCCCUCUGACAGCCGGCCAGCUGGUCCCAGAGGGCUGCGCUGUGGCUAUCGCCUCCGACAGAUGUACCGUCAACCUUAUGCUAAAGGGUCUGAUUGACGUGGACAAGGAAGUGACUAAGCUUAUGACAAAGAAAGGGGACUUGGAGAAACAGAUGGAGAAACUGAGCCAGAAGAUGACAAAGAAUGACUACAGGGAGAAGGUGCCGGUGAAGGUGCAGGAGCAGGAUGCAGAGAAGCUACGGCAGAGCCAGACAGAACUUGAGAAAGUGAAAGAAGCCAUUGACAAUUUCAGGAAAAUGAUGUAA